AAAUAAUAGCUGAUAAAAAAGCGCACCUUGGGGCCUGUACCCCCUCUCUCCUCCGUCCCUUUCUUUCUUCCCUUCUCUUUCAUUCUCAAGGGGAUUGACGCUUUUUUUCUUUUCGCGGCACUGACAACUUAUUUGUAUGCAGCAGACUAAUUAUAAAUAGAACGAAUCCGCUGGACUGGUGCCUUCCCAUUGAGACGCAAGAGGCAUAGACACAAGCCUGCACCGGAGCGCAACAAUACGGGUUUCUAUUAUUAAAACAAACAAGGUAGAAAAGUAUUUAAAAAAGAAACACAAAACGUAACAAGAUUGCCUCUUAGCUCCUAGAUUACAUCUCGUGGAUUUUGCCUAGAAGUUGCAUGUGGAGGAGUGAUAGGAUUCGGCCGGGACAGAAGGAAUGGGAUACCCGGGCAGAGCAGUGAGAGGAUGGACAGGAUGGACAGGAUGGACGCUCCUGGUCUGGGUCGCCGCUGUCAGCUUGGUUUUAGCAGACGGACGGAGAGUGAGGCAGCCUAGAUGCCCCGCUGGAUGUACCUGCACCAAAGAUAAUGCACUUUGUGAAAAUGUCCGAUCUGUGCCUCACACUUUCCCUUCCGACGUCGUUUCACUAUCUUUUGUCAAGUCUGGAUUUAAUGAAAUCACCGGAGGAAGCUUUGUUCACACGCCUGCCCUGCAACUGCUGUUGUUCACAGCAAACUCAUUUGACCUCAUUGAUGAAGAUGCGUUCCUAGGUUUACCACAUCUUGAAUAUCUAUUUAUUGAAAAUAACAAGAUCGCAUCGAUAUCCCCAUAUGCCUUCAGGGGCCUUAAAGCACUGAUCCAUCUGAGUCUGGCUUACAACAACCUUGAGAUGCUGCCCAAAGAGGUUUUCAAGGGCAUGGAUGCUUUGACCAAAGUGGAUCUACGGGGCAACAACCUCAUAUGUGACUGCAAGCUGAAGUGGCUGGUGGAGUGGAUGCACCACACUAACGCCACCCUGGAUGAGAUCUACUGCAGUGGUCCACCCAUUCACCAGGGGAAAAGAAUAAAUGGCCUGCUGCCACACUCUUUUGACUGCAUCACUGCAGAAUUUGCCUCCUAUCAGUCACUGAAGUUCGAGUCAAUGUCGGUGGAUGCCUUCACCUUUGGUAUAGAUCAAUAUGUUGUGUUUGCCCAACCAUUUGCUGGGACAUGCAGUUUCCUGGAAUGGGAUCAUGUUGAGAUGACCUUCAGAAGCUAUGACACCAUUGAAAGCACCUCCACUGUGGUCUGUAAGCCCAUGGUGAUCAACAACCACCUCUUUGUCAUUGUGGCCCAAUUGUUUGGGGGCUCACACAUUUACAAACGUGAUGCCUCUGCUAACAAGUUCAUCAAGAUCCAGGACAUUGACAUCUUGAAGAUUCGUAAACCCAAUGACAUUGAGACCUUCAUGAUCAAUGGAGAGUCUUUCUUUGUCAUCGCUGACAGCUCUAAGGCUGGCUCAACAACAGUGUAUAAAUGGAAUGGCAAUGGCUUUUACUCCCACCAGUCACUCCACCCAUGGUACCGAGACACAGAUGUAGAAUAUCUGGAGAUCUCCAACAAACCCCACCUGAUCUUGUCCAGCAGCUCCCAGAGGCCAGUUGUGUAUCAGUGGAACAGGAGCCAGAAAGAAUUUGACCGUAGGACAGACAUACCAGAGAUGGAAGAUGUCUUCUCUGUCAAACACUUCUGGGUCAAAGGUGAUCUGUUUAUAUGCUUGACAAGAUUCAUCGGGGACUCCAAGGUGAUGCGCUGGGAUGGUGCCAUGUUCAGAGAAGUGCAGACAUUUCCUUCCCGUGGCUCUAUGGUGUUCCAGCCCGUCUCCAUCGGCAACUGGCAAUAUGCCAUCUUGGGCAGCGAUUAUUCACUGACGCAGGUCCACCAAUGGGACACCAAGAGGGGCCAGUUUGUCCCAUCUCAGGAGCUGAAUAUCCAGGCACCUCGAGCAUUUUCUCUGGUUUAUAUCGACAACCGGGUGUUUUUGCUCGCAUCCAGCUUCAAGGGCAAAACUCAGAUUUAUGAACACCUCAUGAUCGACUUGAGUAAUUAAACCUAUCAUCAAUUCAGGACAAAUUCUAUACCAUCCUUCUUUGUUCUGUGAUUUUGUUACUUGUCAGUCCUAGUAGAAUCCACCAUCAAUUCCCACCUAUAGGUUUAAACAAAACUUUCAAACAGAAGCUCAGACUAUCUAAAGAUAUGUUUCAUAUUCAGGAGCUUUAGGUUAGGCUGAGAUAAAAUGUUUGAAUUUCUUUCAUUACUUAUUGAGCUUAUUUUGAGAGGUCUGACAUAAUUUCUAUGACAAUGAAAAUAUGUUAUGCACAUUCCCUUAUGCCUAAUGUUUGGCAACCUGCUGCAGCGAGUUUGUUUUGGUAAA